AUGCAGUCGGAAAUUCUUCAUGAAUCAUGCAAUUGUGAGAGGACUUUUUUCGACAGUGUCGGCAUAUGGUGGUGGCUGAGUAUAUUCAUAUGCGAAUGCCAAUGAAGUAGCCUGAAGUUGUUCGCCGAUCUGUUCAGCAACCUUCUUGUCUCCCAAAUAGCAAUAGCAGCGCCAAACCACAGCGACACACCAUACAUGAACGCACAUUCCAAUGACAUGACUUAGAAGCUGUGGCCCAGAUGAAGAGCCAACACGAGCCUGGGAUGCCGCGACCAAAUCAGACGAAACCUGGAUGAAAGCAAGGAAUACUGCGAAUGAUGCGAAGAUAAUGAAAGGCAACAAAAAUGAUCUUCUCUGCGAACGAACUCCAUGAAGCAUCAUCAGAACCAGAGAUAGCUGAAGGGAAACAGCUGUGAGAAGAGAAGUUAUGUAGCGACCACCUGCGGAUGCUAACCAAUGGUCUCCAGGAAGUCCACCAUUAAGAUGCUUUCCGUAAAAGAAAAGCAAUGCAGCUGUGAACAAUCCGAUGACCAAAAGUUGUCCGUAGCCGAUGAACUGAGUGGCCUAGAAGUAAGAUAA